AUGGAUUCGGAUCGUUGUGAAGAUACUUCAAGUAUGCUCAGCUACGGGUUGGACGUUAAGCCCAUGAGGAUGGUGGCCAGUCCGAAUUCCGGGCCUAGACACACCAUCGACAACAUCCUCGGGUUGGUCCGGAAGAGCGACGGAGACGUGGAGAGGGCCCAGACUCCCGGGAACGGUGAGAGCGCCGGCGAAGGAAGUUGCAAUUCGAACGACGGCGUCUCCGAGCUGCGAUACGGGAAGAUCGGAUCGGGAAUGGGGGGAAGCGGCUCCGAGGACGAGGGGACCGUCAAUAACUCCGGACACUCGGAGGGUGACAACUGCAAAAAGAAACACCGCCGGAACCGGACCACCUUCACCACCUACCAGCUGCACGAGCUCGAGAGGGCAUUCGAGAAGAGCCACUACCCCGACGUCUACAGCAGGGAGGAACUAGCGAUGAAGGUCAAUCUGCCGGAGGUCAGAGUGCAGGUAUGGUUCCAGAAUCGUCGAGCCAAAUGGAGAAGACAGGAAAAAAUGGAAGCGGCUCGCCUAGGCCUAAGCGAAUACCACGCCGCCACACUCUCCAGAGCUGGAGCCUCCAGCCUAGCUCUACCCAUGGACCCCUGGCUGUCCCCCCCACUCUUGUCGGCACUUCCCGGUUUCCUGAGCCAUCCCCAAACUGGCUACCCCAGCUAUUUAACUUCCCCGGUAGCGACGGAACCUGGGAGGCCCCCAAUGGCACACUCACACUCCCCCAACACCACUCCCCCAGAUCUCAGGACUACCUCCAUAGCUGCGCUCCGCCUGAAGGCAAAGGAGCACGUGGAGAACAUUACGAAAGGACUGCAGAUGGUUUAA